AUUAUUGUGUGUAUAAAUACCCAUGUCUUUGUAGUAAAGUAUAGGGAGCAUGUGUUCUUCCUUGAUGUUUGUUUUUCUUGAUGAAAAUUUGAAAUAGCCAUCAUUUUGUCUUUGACAAUAAAAGUGUUGUGUGUAAACCAAGAAAUAGUUGAGUUGUGUGCACUGUAAUCACAAGCGUAGUCAGUCAGACAGCAGUGACGAACAUGAUCUUUGAGAGAGUCUUCCUUGUAGCAUUUCUCUCAAUUCAUCUGAGCUCACAGCAAGAAUGUCAGAGUGGAGUGUAUUCAGGAAUUCGAGAAGCUAGAGAUACAGUAGCUCCAGUGGCAUACAAUGGUAUUGAGCCAGACACAACAGGCUGUGUGGUGAGAGCUGAAGGAACGUUCUUUGAGUGUGAGGCAGGAGAAGGAGUGUUGAGUGAUGGAGACAUUGGACCUACAGACUCAGUGGAUGUCAGUGAUCAAGACCAGGUCACCAGGUUCUUUGUCUGGCAUCGAGACAAUGGCUCUGUGGGAAUUUAUUUCACUGCCACUGAUAUCUCUACUGUGUCCUACAUUGAAGUCUACUUCUUGAGUCUUCCCUCUGCAAAAAUAGGACCACCUGAGACUACUAGAAUUGCUACUGAUACCCAUCCAAUUGUUGAGGAUAUUUUCGUCCCACAGAGCUGUUCUUUCUCUUCCUCUACCAAUACACUGACCAGGAAUAUUUUCACUCUACCACAGAAUCCUGAUGAUCUGAUCAUCACAUUCAAUUUCAACCAAGACACUGACUGGCUGUUCAUCAGUGAGAUACAACUGUGUGCAGGAGAUCCUCCAUCUUCCAUCUCUUGUGGCUCUCCUACCACUGACCCCGACCAACCUCCUCCCCUCCCCCCUCUUCCACCCCUCCCUCCCUCACUCUUUCCUCUCCCCCACCCACUGGAGCCACAGAGAGCCCUGACCUGGGCCAGCCUGACUCUGUCAGUCUCACUUGCUCUGUGGCCAGUCCUCCUACUGUCCAGUAGUCUAGUCAUAUCUGGUCUCAGAUAUUCUGAUGCAGGAGACUACAUGUGUACAGUGGAGUAUGGAGCAUGUCCUGAUGGAGUGGAUUGCAGUGGAACCACACCAGUCACUGGAAACAUACACCUUAACCUCCAGUUGAUAGUGGAGGUAAAGUCCUCAGGACUGGUGGUGAGAGAAGGAAGUGAGGUGAUUGUUCUGACAUGUGAGGUGUAUGGCUAUCCUCGAGACUCCUCACCUCCCAAGUGGAGCUCUCCUGGGAGGAACCUUGAGACCCGCAGAUUCAACACUACUCUCAGUGACACUGGUCCCCUGAGUGGUGGCAGUGUGUCCUCCACUGACAAGGUCACUGUGUCUCAACUCACUAUCUACUGUGCAUCUGAGACAGACAAUGGAGAGUACACAUGUUCAGUGGAUGGAGAAUCUGACACCUUUCGUGUUGAUCUUGGUGACUUGGAAAAAGAUAAUAGUGUGGUAGAGAAAGGUGACUCUAAAAAGGGAUCAGACCGCACUGAGUCUCUGACUGGUGUAGUGGUGGGACUGGCUGUAUUGCUCCUCGUCUCAGUGACUAUCAACCUACUGUUAGCUGCCCACUGGAUGUACACACUGAGAGGGAGGGGAACAAAGAGUGGUGGAGAGGGUCCUGGGAACCAGGAACAGCUCUAUGAGGACGUGGAUAGUGUGCAGCCACUCUAUACUACAAUACCUCUGAAAAGAAAUGAGUCUUAUAGGAUUCAGGAACUUGCUACUACAACGUCUCCAGUGACAUACAAUGGUAUUGAGCCAGACACAACAGGCUGUGCAGUUGGUCCAAGGUUGCUGGAGUGUGGAGCAGGAGAAGGAGUGUUGAGUGAUGGAGACAUUGGACCCUACAGACUCAGUGGAUCAAUACUCUCCCUCUCCCUAACUCUCUCCUCACCCCCACCCACUGGAGGCCCUGACCUGGGUCAGCCUGACUCUGUCAAUCUCACUUGUUCUGUGGCCAGUCCUCCUACUGGUGACUACCAAUACCAGUGGCAGUGGUGGAGGAAUGGGACACCACUGAGCAACACUGACACUCGAUUAUCUAUCAGCCACUCCACAAACACGCAGUCCAGUAGUCUAGUCAUAUCUGGUCUCAGAUAUUCUGAUGCAGGAGACUACAUGUGUACAGUGGAAUACAAGGUAACUAAUUGUGACUUGGCACUAGAGGAGAAGCUAUCUUCGAACCCUGCUCAGUUGAAGUUUACAUUGGCCCUACCAGUUAGAGUGGAGGCCAUCAGUGCUGCUACACUAGUAGGGGAAGCUGCCCACUUGAGAUGUGAGGUGAGAGGCUAUCGCAAGUCAGACUUUUUGCCUCAGUGGAGCACACAUGGCAGAAUGUUGGACAGUAACUGUACUAAAUACUGCCAGACCCUCUUGCCUGGAAAACACGUCGUACAAGAUCGACAGGGGCGUACUCUAAUUAGUAAUGAUACUGGUCUUUUGAUUCUCAAUGUUACUGAAAGUGAUUCCGGUCAGUACAUCUGUAAUGUGGAUGACACUUCUGCCUCUGCCACUCUUGUGGUUGAGAAACAAACAGAAGUGAAGGAUAAAAGUGUGCAUCCAGCUGCCAUGAUAGUGCUGGGAGUACUACUCACACUCUCAAUAGCAGUCGCAGUAGUUACUACAUGUCUCUACCUUCACCAGUGGAAGAAACAACGCUCAACAAAUCAUGCACAAUCAGGAGCUAACCCUCACAGUGAGGAGAGUGUUGGAGAGAAAUACUACGAGGAUGUAGGGAAUACCAGUGUACCAAUGAUGAAGGACAAUGAAUCAUAUGGCAAGCUUGGCAAAGUGACUAUGUCCGAUUCCACACUGUAGGACACCUCACCAGAGUAAACUGACACACCUCACACCUAGUGCAUAAUGUUGAGUGUAACAUGCUACCCAUAAUAUUAGAGAAAUGGGUGUAGCCGCACAAACACAUGUAGUGCUCCAGUUUAAUUUGUUUGACAAUGGGGGAAUAUGACACCCAAGUUAAAUACGUGCAAACAACGCGCGAACUGCUCGCGCUCGCUCACCAACAAUUCCUCUAACUAU